AUGUCUAAACAUGAUCUCGUUCUCAAAGCCAUCGUUGGCCCAGAUAAGCGAGGAGAAACCGGCGAUCAUUGCGACAAGUCUGAGAAGGUAUUGCCAACGGGCAUUAUGGGAUUUAUUCUGGCAAUCAGGUCAAGACGCUCCCCGAUUCUGGUCAUACCCAUUGGCAUCAUGGGAUUGGUUUUAGCCGUGAACGGGUCCAGACCCUCUUCUGAUUUGAUGAGCGGCCUGAGGUCAGUGAGCAUUGCAUGUGCCGCUCUAUCAGUACUAACCAUCAUUACCUAUGCGAUGGCACUCAAUAGCAUAUUGAUCAUCAAAUAUUUCGAGGCACAAACUAGUAAAGAAGACCAGAAACCUCCAUGGUUUGCUGAAAAAGACGUAGAAAUCGAGUUCCGGAAAGAGGAAAAAACAAUGAUAGCUGUACAUGUCUUGAUUAUCAUGUGUUCCAUCCUCGAAAUUAUACUUGCCAUGGCAAGUGUUCGGACCGCCAAGGCCAUGGCUAAGGAGCCACAAGACACCUAG